AUGGCACAUCAGCUUUAUCAGAAGGGAAAGUUUACGGACGCGGUCAUCAAGUGUAGCGGCCAGGAGUUCAACGUCCAUCGGGCCGUCCUUGCGAGCACCAGCGAGGUAUUCGACAGGAUGUUCAGUUCGAGCAUGCGUGAGGGGGCAGAAGCAGUAGUGUUGAUUGAGGACGCCACGCCCGAAGCUGUAGAGGCUCUUAUCGAGGGAAUGUAUUGUGGGAAACUGCCAGAGAAAAGGUUGUUACCGAGUUUCUGGCAUCUCGCCAGCAAGUAUUUGAUAGAAGAUCUCGCGGCAGCAGCCAUGCGGGUGAUGUACGAAGAGAUCGAUAUAAGUAUUGCGACGGAUUUUUUGCUAGCCUUGCGGCAUCACACUCAAAACGAGGAUGCCGGCUCAGGCUCGGAAAUGUGGUCUGGAUUGUUGCAGAAGUUGGAGUCGGACAAGGCAAUGCACCGCAGAGUGCUCGAGGAGUUGGCCGACGGUUCUUGCAAGCGCCUCAAGCGGAGCUAG